ACAGGUUCCAUCCGAUUUGAGUCAAUCUAAUGAAAGUUCAUUUGUAAAACUACCACAAAUAUCCAUCCCUAGCUUUUCGGGCUUAUAUAGCGAAUGGACCACAUUUGAGGAUUUGUUUUUGUCAUUGAUCGAUAGAAAUGCCCGCUUAGAUGAUGUGCAAAAAAUGCAUUAUCUUAAGAGUCUCUUGACAGGUGAGGCAGAACAGCUUGUUCGACAUAUACCAAUAACCGCUGGUAAUUAUAAGCAAUGUUGGUCUCAGUUAAGCAGCAGGUACAAAAACAAGAGAUUUCUAUCAAACACCUUACUAAAGCGACUCAUAAGUCAGCCAAAUGUCGUAGAAUCUUCGACAGCUAUAAAGGGUCUUUUAGACACAACUGUUGAGUGUUUGAAUGGUCUGCAAAAUCUCAGUGUCGACAUCAGUACGUGGGACAUUAUAAUUAUUUAUAUAAUUGGUUCUAAAUUAGAUGCAGAGUCACGAAAGCAAUGGGAAUCGAAGAUAAGCUCAAAUGAUAGUUUGCCAAAGUUUUCUGAAUUUAAAGAAUUUUUAGAAGCCAGAUUUCGUGCUCUUGAGUUUUUAGAUCCAAAAGCUAAUAUUAAGUCUAAGCAAAACAGCACUUCUCAUUAUAAUAAACCAAAAGUUAUGCAUGUAAUCAACAAUGAUGAUAACUCUAAGUCUGUAAUUUCAUGUUCAUUUUGCAAAGAAAAUCAUAAAAUCGCCAAUUGUAAACAAUUUGCAAAAGAGAGUUACGAUUCGCGUCACAGUUUCGUUCAAAACAAUGGACUUUGCUUUAAUUGUUUGGGGAGUAAUCAUUCAAUUAAAUACUGCCGCACCAAUUCAACUUGUCGUAUUUGCAAUAAAAAACAUCACUCACUAUUACAUCCCAAGUCUAAUUCAAACUUCACUGCAACAACAAAGAAAUUUAAUUCAGCAGUUGAAGUCAAUACAGCAGCCGUGUCUACGGUUCAGGCACAGCUGUCAGAGGGCGAACCAACCACUUCCAAUGUAGUCACUCACUUUUCUAAAGAGUCGAUGUCCGUGCCUACUCAAGUUUUGUUAGCAACAGCUCUAGUCGAAGCACAGACUAGCAGCGGCUAUGUUCAACUGUUGAGGGUGUUAUUGGAUCAGGGAUCCCAAGCAUCAUUCAUAACCGAAUCAGCAGUUCAGUUAUUAGGGCUGAAGAAAAUACCUGUUAAGUCAGUUAUAACAGGAAUAGGCGGAGAUCAAAGCUCCUUAGCUUCCAGGUUUGUCGUAAUGGUAACGAUUCAAUCCCGGUUAGAUCCAAAGUUUAGCGUCCAAGUAAGAGCUUAUGUGCUAAGCACUAUAACGUCUCUACUGCCAUCAGAGAAGCUUCACCAGUGUCAAUGGCCAGAGUUUCAAGCGGUCACAUUAGCUGAUCCAGAGUUCCACACGCCAAGUAAAGUGGACAUGUUACUUGGUGCAGAAAUUUAUGGCCUAGUCCUGAGGGAAGGUAUUAUAAAGGGACCUAGAGGGACACCUACCGCUCAAAAUACUGUGUUAGGCUGGAUCCUAUCUGGACAAACCGGAUAUGAACAGAAUAACAUUCACUGUCAUCAUGUCGUAAGUGGCUCUACUAAUCAGGCGGAUGAUGAUGAAUUACUUAGGCAAUUUUGGGAGAUAGAAAGCAUUGUUCCCAAAAGGAUUCUGUCUGAAGAUGAGCAACGUUGCGAAGAAAUAUACAAAGCAACUACAAGCAGAGACCAGAGUGGGCGCUACGUUGUGAAUCUACCAUUUCGCAGUAGAGAUCCCAAAUCCCAAUAUGGGAAUUCUAGAGAACUUGCAAUCAAAAGAUUUUUGCUACUUGAAAAUAAAUUUAAAAGACAACCUCAAAUCAAGGAACGUUACUCUGAGGUAAUUCAUGAAUACUUAGAGCUGGGACACAUGCAACGUAUAGACAGCCGCGUUGAUUCAAAGAGAGAUACAGCCGUCUAUUUGCCCCACCACGCUGUCAUACGUGAAGACAAGUCUACGACAAAGGUCCGAAUUGUAUUCGAUGCGUCAAUGAAGGGCUCUAAUGGGGUGUCUCUUAAUGAUGACCUUUUAGUAGGCCCUACUCUACAACCGCCUCUACGACACACUAUUAUGAGAUGGAGAAUGCACCCAAUCAUAAUUUGCGCUGACAUUAUAAAAAUGUAUCGGCAAGUUAAGGUUUCGGAUGAACACAGCGAUUUUCAGCGGAUAGUUUGGCGAGAUAAUCCUGAUUCUGAGUUAGAAGAAUACAGAUUGCAACGUGUUACAUUCGGUACAGCAUCUGCUCCUUACUUAGCAGUGAAAACACUGCAGCAAGUAGCAGAAGAUGACGGUCAAAGUUGUCCAGAGAUACGCGAAAUAGUGAAGAGAGAUUUUUAUGUCGAUGACUUGAUGUCAGGGUGUCAAUCAAUAGAACAGGGACUUAUGAUCAAGGAAAAAAUUACAGAAUUACUUGACAAGAGUGGUUUUCAACUGCAAAAGUGGAUUAGUAAUGAUCAGGAAUUGAAUCAACAAAUUUCAGACACUAAAGGCGAAAAGGAAACUCAAUUGGGAAAGGAUAUCAAGAUAGACGAUGUUAUAAAAAUCUUAGGGCUGUCUUGGGAUCGAGAUACUGAUAAGUUUAAGUACUCAGUGCAGCUGCCGACUCAACAAACACCAAUCACAAAGAGAAGGGUGAUUUCAGACAUAUCUCGUCUGUAUGAUCCGCUAGGUUGGGUGUCACCAUGUGUGAUUGUCUCUAAGAUAUUUAUUCAAAAGCUUUGGCUUUCGGGAAUUGAUUGGGACGAAGAGUUGCCAGCGGAAUUGUUGGAUGAAUGGCAAGCCUACAGAUGUGAACUAGAGCACAUUAGUAAGUGUCAAAUUCCAAGAUGGGUUGCAACUUGUCAUGACGAUAAGGUAGUCGAAUUGCACGGGUUCUGCGAUGCAUCUAUAGCGGCAUAUGCAGCUGUAGUAUAUGUCAGGGUCAUAGAUGUACAGGGUGAAGUGAAAGUAAGCUUAGUCACAUCCAGAACUAAAGUUGCACCUGUGAAGCAGCAAUCCAUUCCCCGACUAGAGUUGAUGGGAGCCGCUUUGUUAGUUGAGCUAAUCACUGAAGUUGCAGAGGUAAUGAACGUUCCGAAAUCAAGUGUACGUGCUUGGACGGACUCAUCAGUGGUUCUUGCUUGGCUUAGUGGUCAUCCCAGUCGAUGGACAACCUUUGUAGGAAACAGGGUUUCUCACAUUAUCUCCUUAUUGGACAACACCCAUUGGGCUCAUGUGACGUCAUCGCAAAAUCCAGCUGACAUUGCUUCUCGGGGAUUAACUCCGCAAGAGCUUCAUUGCAACGAGUUAUGGAUACAGGGACCGUUAUGGCUUCAGGAAGAAACCAUUACGUACACGCGGCCAAAAUCAAUCAGUACCAACAUGGAAGAAAGAGCACUUAAAUCACAUGUAGUUACUGAUAAUGUCCCAGAGGACAAAGUUUGGACGAAGUUUUCAUCGUUGCACAGAUUAGUACGGGUCAUAGCAUUUUGCAAAAGGUUCUUAAAUCUAACGAAAAAAGAAAAUAAAAAGAAUCAACAUAAAUCUUACCUAACAAGUGAUGAAAUAUCAGAAGCUUUGAAGAUAUGUACGAGACAAUGUCAACGGAAAGAUUUUUUGGAAGAAAUAGAGGACCUUAAAAGAACAGGAAAAGUGAAGAAUAAAAGUAAACUAAAAUGUCUAAAUCCAAUAUUAGAUAAAGAUGAUAUCUUGCGAGUAGGCGGAAGAAUUACAAAUGCUCAACUGGACGAUGAUGUAAAAAAUCCGAUCAUCAUCCCUCAGAAAAAUCAUUUUACAUACUUACUUGUUGAUGAUGCACACAAGAAGACCCUUCAUGGUGGUCCAUCCGUAAUGCUCAAUUACUUACGUUCAAAAUAUUGGAUAAUCUCAGGAAAGAACGUAACAAAGGCUCAUGUGCGCAAAUGCGUCACUUGCGUGCGACAUGCUGCUGUGACGAAGCCACAAAUCAUGGGUCAGUUACCGUCUUGUCGUGUAACACCAGCAAGAGCAUUCUUGAGAAGCGGUGUUGAUUUUGCUGGACCCAUCAGCAUCAGAAUGUCCAAAGGUAGGGGCAGCAAGUCUUACAAGGGAUACGUGUGUCUCUUCGUUUGUAUGGUUACCCGGGCUAUUCACUUAGAAGUUGUAAGUGAUUUAACUUCUGAAGGUUUUAUUGCAGGAUUCAAAAGAUUUGUUUCAAGGAGAGGACUUUGUAGAGAAAUAUGGAGUGACAAUGGCACAAAUUUUGUAGGUGCGUCCAGAGAACUACAUUCUUUAAUUGUGCUUGAAAGGUCAUCUGUAGCUCUUGAAAUUCGGAGUUGGCUGAACGACAACAGUGUUACUUGGCAUUUUAUCCCUCCUCAUGCACCCAACUUUGGUGGACUUUGGGAAGCCGGAGUUAAGUCUACCAAAUUUCACUUGAGAAGAGUGAUCAGUGAUUCAACGCUUACCUUUGAAGAGAUGACCACCCUACUCAGCCAAAUCGAGGCUUGUCUUAAUUCCCGUCCGAUCUCCCAAUUACCGAGUAACUGUGAGGACCCUAUGCCCUUAACACCUGGACACUUUCUUAUCGGUGAGCCCCUUGUCACUGUGCCUGACCGAGAUUAUCUCGAAAUGAACAUAGGAAGUCUGCGACGCUGGCAGGUUACACAACGUAUGUUGCAAGGUUUUUGGCGGCGAUGGUCAAAUGAGUACCUUCUGCAUAUGUUGCAACGGUACAAGUGGACAAAUCGUACCCCAGAACCAGUUAUAGGCGAUAUUAUUUUAGUAAAGGAAGAUAACCUUCCCCCGGCUCGUUGGCUCAUGGGCAAGGUUGUCGAAAAGCAUCCAGGUUUGGACGGAGUUACGCGGGUCGUAUCUCUCAAAUGCAAUGGAUCCAUAAUUAAGCGGCCUACAUCCAAAUUAUGUAUUUUACCUGUUAAAUCCGAAACGUUUUAAUUAAGUUUAUAUGUAUGUAUGGUGAAGUUAGUGUACCUCAUGAUGAUGGCCGAGUUUUGUUUGUAUAAGUUUUUUAUGUUUUAUUUGUAUAAGGACAUAAACAGAUGUCCUUGGUGGGCGGUAUGUCCAAUUUUGGUACUAAAAUGUAAGUGCAAAACUAGUGUGUUAUGCUUAAGCAAUGUAAUAGUUAGUUCUCAUCGACACCAAGAGAUGGCGCUGUACGGUUUUAGAUCGCGGUAUCGUUUUAUUUUUUCUGAUCUAUAUAAGCAUUUGGUGUCAUGAGGAUUUCGUUCGCUCUUUGAAUAAACCUGGUGUUGUUUUCAAAGCAGUUGGUUUUAUUUAGUAGAUUUGGGCCC